AUGGAUAUGUUCAAAGGCCGGGGGGUCGGAAUUUCCGUGGCCGUGGCGCACGGGGUGUUCUCCGGUUCUCUGAACAUUCUGCUGAAGUUCCUCAUCUCCUCGUACAACUUCCGCUACCUCACCAUCAUCCAGUUCCUCACGAGUUCCGCCGCCGCGGUGACGCUCGAGGUGCUCCGGCGGUUGGGGAAGGUGGACAUCCCGCCGUUUGACUUCCAGCUGGCCAAGACCUUCGGCAGCGUGUGCAUCCUGUCCACGCUGCAGUCCACCCUGACGCUGUGGUCCCUGCGGGGGCUCAGCCUUCCCAUGUAUGUGGUGUUCAAACGCUGCCUCCCGCUGGCCACGCUGGGCAUCAGCGUGUGCCUCCUGAAGAACAGCCGGCCCUCCGUCGGGGUGACCGGUGCUGUGCUCAUCACCACCACCGGUGCCGCACUCGCUGGUGCAGGGGACCUGACGGGCGACCCCUACGGUUAUGUGACGGGGGUCCUCACGGUGAUCGUCCACGCUUCCUACCUGGUCCUGAUCCAGAAGACCAGCUUUGAGAGCAACCACGGACCCCUCACUGCCCAGUAUGCCAUCGCCAUCAUGGCCUCCCCGGUGCUGCUGGUCUGCUCCAUGGCCUCCAUGGAGGGCAUCCACGUGUGGACCUACGGGGGCUGGCAGAACCCGGCCAUCGUGGGCCUCUUCCUGCUGUGCGUGCUCAUCGGCUGCGCCAUGAACUUCACCACGCUUCACUGCACCUACAUCAACUCGGCCAUCACCACCAGCUUCGUGGGCGUGGUGAAGAGCAUCGCCACCAUCACCGUGGGCAUGCUGGCCUUCAGCGACGUGCAGCCCACCCAGCUGUUCGUGGCCGGCGUGGUGGUCAACACGCUGGGCUCCGUCAUCUACUGCUGCGUCAAGUACGCCGAGACGCGCCACAAGAGCGCCUACGAGGACCUGGAGGAGACCCAGGAGGUUGGCUCGCCACCGGCCCUGCCCUACCAGGAGAAGGGUCUGUCCAACGGCAGCGGGCCCCCCGCCGACGUGACCACCUCCGGCACCCCGCCCGGGGGAGGAGGGGGCGCCGCCGGGGUCGGGGCCAAGCCGGCGGAGAACGGGGGAGUGGGGGUGGACGGGGAAGGGUUGUCGUGGGAGAUGGACAAAAGAGGCGACAGCGGCGUCGGCGACAGCGGCGUCGGCGACAGCGGCGUCGGCGACAGCGGCGUCGGCGUCGGCGACAGCGGCGGUGUGGCCCUCCCGGAGAUGACGGAGGCUGAGAUUACCGAGAUGCAGCGGGAACACCUCCAGAAGGAGCGUCCCGUCUCCUCCUCCGCGCCGGGGCAGAUCCUGGGAGACAGCUGUGCCGGGGUGAUGAGGUCGGUGAAACAGAUGCAGUUCCUGAAGAAGGAGCCGGGGCUGAUCGACAACAUGGAGCAGCAGAGUCCGUGA